AUGGUCAUUUUCAUCAAACUCUGGCUCAGCCUAGUAAUUUUCACUCUCGCCGCACAAGCCCUGCCAUCAGGGCCAGAUUUGCGUGGCUCAGUACCGUUGCCAUCUGAGGACCCUUUCUAUCAACCACCACUCGGUUAUGAAUGCGCUCGACCCGGUACCAUCUUGAAGCAACGCAAAGUUCCAAACCCCAUUGCUGCUCUAGGCAAGAUUCCCGUGAGCUUGAAAAGUGCACAUCAUGUCAUGUAUCGCACAUCCGACAGCUUUUCCAAUGCAACAGUCGCGGUCACAACAAUUCUAGUACCCGAAAACGCCGACCACAGCAAGCUUCUCUCUUUCCAGGUUGCAGAGGAUGCUUCCUCUCCAAACUGUGGUGUUUCUUAUGCUGUUCAGAGUGGCCAUCAGGUCGGACCCAAGUACGGCACAGUUGUUACCCAAACUGAAUUCCUCUUGAUAAUUGCUGCCCUUAAAAGCGGGUGGGUAGUAACAGCCCCUGAUUUUGAAGGGCUGGAAGGCUCAUGGCUGGCCAACUACCGUGCUGGGUAUGCUGUGCUUGACGGUAUUCGCGCAGCCCUUGCCUCUGGCUACUUUACUGGAGUAGCGCAAGAUGCCGUUGUCACAAUGUGGGGAUAUUCAGGCGGCAGCCUUGCCUCUGGCUUCGCUGCCGAACUUCAACCGUGCUAUGCUCCAGAGCUGAAAAUUGCCGGUGCUGCUCUCGGAGGGACAAUUCCCAAAGUCAAGACAGUCGUCCAAUCAACCAACAAGAGCGUCUGGGCGGGUUUACUUCCAGCUGGUAUCUACGGACUAAGCAAAGACUACCCUUUGGUCAACUUGGUCAUCGAGAAUGGGUUAAAGCCAGAGAAGAAGAAGGACUUCCUGAGGGUAGCGGACCAGUGCUUUGUCGCAAACAUCCUCGAUUUCGCCUACGAAGACAUUUUUAAAUAUCUCCAGGACCCGGGCGCUUUCGACCGACCAGAACUAGCAGAUAUCAUUGAAAAAAACUCCAUGGGGAAGAGAAUCCCUAGGAUCCCACUCUUUGUCUAUAAAGCCGAAAAAGAUGAAGUCAGCCCCGUGGAAGAGACCAACGACCUUGUCGAGUAUUAUUGCAAUAACGACGCCAUUGUCCAUUAUAAUCGUGAUUUGAAGACAAAUCACCUUAUCCUGGCUCUUACCGGUGCCCCUGGCGCCCUGAACUGGCUAGCUGACAGAUUCGAGGGUAAACCUAUUGGCACGAAAUGCAAAGUAACCGAGGAGUUCAUGAGUUUAUCGGAUCCUCGAGCCAAUAGAGUUAUGAGCUUGAGACUUAUUAGUGAGUUCCUGGUAAUGCUGAGUAGGGUUAUCAACGGCCCUACAAACCUCACACGUACUCGGUAG